CGACGGCGAGAGCAGCAGUUGCGGGAUGAAGGCGAGAGGCGGGGGCCAGGAAGAGAGCUGGCAGGUGGGGGACAUCAUGUCUUCUUACCACCGGCUGGGUCAACGGAUGCAGGAUGUUACUGGAGACCAUGGAGUGUUGAAAGAGAUUAUCCGUGCCGGCUCUGGUGAAACGGUGCCUCCUGAUGCAUCCAUAUUAGUGAAAUUUUCAGGUUACUUGGAACACAUGGACAGACCCUUUGACACAAACUGCUACAAAAGGAAUCAUAGACUCAUGAAACUUGGUGAAGACAUCACUCUUGGGGGAAUGGAGAUUGGUCUGCUGACAAUGAAGAAAGGAGAGCUGGCAAGAUUUUUGUUCAAGCCAAGUUACGCUUUUGGAGCUGCGGGCUGCCCUCCUUUGAUCCCUCCCAAUGCCACAGUCUUGUUUGAGAUUGAGCUUCUGGAUUUUCUGGACUCAGCAGAAUCUGACCAGUUCUUUAAUCUGACUCCUGAGCAACAGGACCAGUUUCCACUGGAGAAAGUGCUGAAGGUGGCUGAAACCGAGCGGGAAUUUGGCAAUUACCUCUUCCGACAGAAGCACUUCAUGGAUGCCAGAGAAAGAUACAAACGGGCCUCUUCGCUGCUGCGCCGUGUGAAUGCUGAAGAAGCUGAGCAAGUCAAAGUUGAUGCUGCCAAGAUUCUGGUCUUCCUGAACUUGUCUUUUACUUACCUGAAACUGGAGCAGCCAGCUCGGGCCCUUGCCUAUGGAGAGAAGGCCUUGAAGCUGGAUGAAAAGAAUGCCAAAGCCCUCUUCAGGUGUGCUCAGGCAUGUUUCUCUCUGGCAGAGUAUGAGAGAGCUCGGGAUUUUUUGGUGAAAGCUCAAAAACAGCAGCCCUUCAACCAUUCCAUUAACAAUGAAUUGAAAAAGCUGGCCAGCUGUUACAGAAAUUACAUGCUGAAGGAGAAGGAAAUGUGCUGCAGGAUGUUUGGCCCCCUCAACUCUCCUUCAGCAGGAGAAAACCUGAAGAAUCCAUCUAUGCAGAAGGAAGAAACUUUUCUAUAAUGGGAAGGGAUCCCACUUCAGUACAGCCAACAACUGCCUUCUUGUUUUUUGAAAAUCCAUAUGGAAAAGGCCUUCCUCAUUCCGAGUACUUGGAGCUGAGAAGAUUACCGGUAUAUGGUUGU